AUGGAUAAUGUACAGUCAACGAGUGAUUCUGCAAAACGUGAGAAAACGAUUAAUCUGGGAUCACCCCAUUCGCUCACAGUGAAAUCUGUAAUUGAAAGUUUCCCAGUGAUCAUCUUGAACUCUGGCUUUCAGAGGGAGAGAGAGUCUGGAAAUAGCAACUUCAUCCUUGCUAAUGCCCAGGUGGCUAAGGGUUUCCCCAUAGUCUACUGUUCCGAUGGCUUCUGUGAGCUUGCUGGAUUUGCCCGAACCGAAGUCAUGCAAAAGAGUUGCAGCUGCAAGUUCUUGUUUGGGGUUGAAACCAACGAGCAACUGAUGCUUCAAAUAGAAAAGUCACUGGAGGAGAAAACAGAAUUCAAAGGAGAAAUUAUGUUCUACAAGAAGAAUGGGUCUCCAUUUUGGUGCCUGUUGGACAUUGUUCCCAUAAAGAAUGAGAAAGGAGAUGUGGUACUUUUUCUGGCCUCAUUCAAAGAUAUAACAGAUACUAAAGUGAAGAUUACUCCAGAAGAUAAAAAAGAAGACAAAGUCAAGGGAAGAUCGAGAGCAGGGACCCACUUUGACUCAGCCCGGAGACGGAGUCGAGCAGUCCUUUAUCAUAUCUCUGGGCACCUGCAAAGAAGAGAAAAGAACAAAUUGAAAAUAAAUAAUAAUGUUUUUGUAGAUAAACCAGCAUUUCCGGAGUAUAAAGUUUCUGAUGCAAAAAAGUCCAAAUUCAUCCUUUUGCAUUUUAGCACUUUCAAAGCUGGCUGGGACUGGCUUAUUUUGUUGGCGACGUUUUAUGUUGCUGUGACCGUCCCUUACAACGUCUGCUUUAUCGACAACGAUGACUUGUCCACGACUCGGAGCACGACAGUCAGCGACAUUGCGGUGGAGAUUCUUUUUAUUAUAGAUAUCAUUUUAAACUUCCGAACGACUUACGUCAGCAAGUCUGGCCAAGUCAUCUUCGAAGCAAGAUCCAUUUGCAUCCACUACGUCACGACUUGGUUCAUCAUCGAUUUGAUUGCAGCCUUGCCUUUCGAUCUCUUGUACGCGUUCAACGUCACAGUGGUGUCCCUAGUGCAUCUUCUCAAGACGGUGAGGCUGCUGCGGCUCUUACGUCUGCUGCAGAAGCUGGACCGGUAUUCCCAACACAGCACGAUUGUCCUGACCCUGCUCAUGUCCAUGUUUGCCCUCCUUGCCCACUGGAUGGCGUGUAUCUGGUACGUCAUUGGAAAAAUGGAGAGGGAAGACAACAGCCUUCUGAAGUGGGAAGUUGGCUGGCUUCACGAGCUGGGGAAGAGACUGGAGUCUCCGUACUACAACUACACCCAGGGGGGUCCAUCCAUCCGAAGUGCCUACAUUGCCGCCCUGUAUUUCACCCUGAGCAGCCUCACCAGCGUGGGGUUUGGGAACGUCUCUGCCAACACAGAUGCGGAGAAGAUCUUCUCUAUCUGCACCAUGCUGAUUGGUGCCUUGAUGCAUGCCUUGGUGUUCGGAAACGUGACAGCGAUCAUACAAAGGAUGUACUCCCGAUGGUCCCUCUAUCACACUAGAACCAAGGAUCUGAAGGACUUCAUCCGUGUCCAUCACCUGCCCCAGCAACUCAAACAGAGGAUGCUCGAAUAUUUUCAAACAACCUGGUCGGUCAACAAUGGAAUCGAUUCGAAUGAGCUUUUGAAAGACUUUCCAGACGAACUGCGCUCCGAUAUCACCAUGCACUUGAACAAGGAGAUCUUACAGCUGUCCCUCUUUGAAUGUGCCAGCCGGGGCUGCCUCAGGUCUCUGUCUCUACACAUCAAAACCUCUUUCUGUGCUCCAGGGGAAUAUCUGCUGCGCCAAGGGGAUGCUUUGCAAGCCAUCUACUUUGUGUGCUCGGGCUCCAUGGAGGUUCUGAAAGACAGCACGGUGCUGGCUAUCCUUGGGAAAGGAGAUUUAAUUGGAGCAAAUCUAUCCAUCAAGGACCAAGUGAUCAAGACCAACGCAGAUGUGAAGGCUUUGACCUACUGUGACCUCCAGUGCAUCAUUCUCAAAGGACUUUUUGAAGUGCUAGACCUCUACCCAGAAUAUGCUCACAAGUUCGUGGAAGACAUUCAGCAUGACCUCACAUACAACCUUCGAGAAGGUCAUGAGAGUGAUGUGAUAUCAAGAUUAUCGAACAAAUCUACAGUCUCACAGUCAGAGCCCAAGGGAAAUGGUAGCAUCAACAAGAGACUCCCGUCCAUCGUGGAAGACGAGGAAGAGGAUGAGGAUGGGGAGGAAGAGGAGACAGCCUCCCUCUCUCCCAUCUACACAAGGGGAUCUUCCUCUUCGCGCAGCAAGAAGGUUGGAAGCAAUAAAAGCUAUCUAGGCCUAAGCUUAAAGCAACUGGCCUCGGGAACGGUGCCAUUUCACUCACCUAUCCGAGUCUCCAAUUCCAAUUCCCCCAAAGCCAAACCGGAAGCUGACCCGCCCAACCAUGGUAAAAGGAGAGAGAAGAACUUGAAACUGCAACUUAAAACUCUGAAUAGCGCUGGACCCCCAGACCUCAGUCCAAGGAUUGUUGAUGGAAUUGAAGAUGGAAACAGCAGUGAAGAAAGUCAGACUUUUGAUUUUGGCUCUGAACGAAUCAGAACAGAGGCCAGAAUUUCUCCUCCCCUUGGAGACCCAGAGAUUGGAGCUGCUGUUCUCUUCAUCAAAGCAGAGGAGACCAAGCAGCAGAUAAACAAACUCAACAGUGAGGUAACAACACUGACUCAGGAAGUCUCCCAGUUAGGUAAAGACAUGAGGAAUGUGAUGCAGCUUCUGGAAAGUGUUCUGUCCCCCCAGCAGCCACCACAGUUCUGCUCUCUGCACAGCACCUCUGCAUGUCCCCCCAGAGAGAGCUUACAGACCAGAAUGAGCUGGAGCUCGCACCAACCUUGCCUGCACCUGCAGACAGGUGGGACUGCUUAUACCCAAGCACAGCUUUGUCACAGCAAUAUUGCCUCAGACAUCUGGUGUGUGGAUCCCUCCUCUGUGGGGAGCAGCCCCCAACGAACUGGAGUUCAUGAGCAAAACCCUGCAGACAGUGAACUUCCUCAUUCUCCAAACCUGGAGUAUUCGCCUUCGCACCACCAGGUUGUCCAAGAAGGUCACUUGCAAUUUUUAAGGUGCAUCUCUCCACAUUCAGACACCACACUGACGCCGCUGCAGUCCAUUUCAGCAACUCUCUCAUCCUCCAUCUGUUCCUCCUCGGAAACAUCUCUGCACCUCAUUCUCCCAAGCAGAUCAGAGGAGGGCAGCUUCAGUCAGGGAGCUGUGAGCUCCUUCAGUCUGGAAAACUUGCCAGGAUCUUGGAACCAAGAGGGAAGGGCCUCGGCCUCUACCAAACCCUUGGAGAGCUUUCCCCUGGAAGUUGUCUCAAGCACAGCAGAAACAAAAGAUAACAAAGCCAUAAACGUAUGA